AGAAGCGCAACCCCACUGAGGAACUCCAGCAAGAAUACACGCAUAAAAAAAGCUUCAGGAUUUACGCACACAAGCCUUGCGAUUACACCAGCUCCUUUCGCACACAUAAAUUAUGGGAUGUACAACUAACACUAGUUGACAAGGGGACACUUGGAUAGAGAGUGCGCGCAAAGCAUGGCUUGGGUACGCACAUGCUUUUUCCUAUCUUGUGUUGGACAGGUGGUGGCAAAUCCGCCAACAGAAACAAGGAUAUAUUUGGAUAACAUCACGCGCAUUUUGGAUAGAUUAUUGGAUGGAUAUGACAACAGACUUCGACCAGGAUUUGGAGGUCCUGUCACAGAGGUUAAAACGGACAUCUUUGUCACCAGCUUCGGUCCAGUUUCUGAUGUGGAAAUGGAAUACACAAUGGAUGUGUUUUUCCGGCAAACGUGGAUAGAUGACCGGCUGAAAUUUGAGGGCCCCAUUGAGAUCCUGCGUCUGAACAACCUAAUGGUCAGCAAGAUCUGGACGCCGGACACUUUCUUCCGAAAUGGCAAACGUUCGAUUUCACACAACAUGACCACUCCCAACAAGCUGUUCCGCAUCAUGCAGAACGGAACUAUUCUGUACACCAUGAGGUUAACCAUCAACGCAGAGUGCCCCAUGCGACUGAUAAACUUUCCAAUGGAUGGACAUUCGUGUCCUUUGAAAUUUGGCAGCUAUGCCUACCCAAUGAGUGAGAUUGUUUACACGUGGAAGAAAGGGCCGCAAUUUUCAGUGGAAGUUCCUCAGGAGAGCUCCAGUCUGCUACAGUAUGAUCUCAUUGGACAGACGGUGUCUAGCGAAAGGUUGAAGUCAAACACAGGUGAAUAUAUAGUCAUGACGGUGUACUUCCACCUGCAGAGAAAAAUGGGCUUCUUCUUGAUCCAGACCUACAUCCCAUGCAUUAUGACUGUGAUCUUAGCACAGGUCUCCUUUUGGAUUGACAAAGAGUCCGUACCUGCAAGAACUGUGUUUGGCAUCACCACAGUGCUAACCAUGACCACGCUGAGCAUUAGCGCCCGUCACUCAUUACCAAAAGUCUCCUACGCCACCGCCAUGGACUGGUUCAUCGCCGUCUGCUUCGCGUUUGUCUUCUCUGCCCUCAUCGAGUUUGCCGCCGUCAACUAUUUCUCCACCUUGCAGGCCAAUAAGGAAAUUCGGCGAGCCAACAUUGCACGUGCCGCCGCUGCCGCAGCAGCUGCCAGAAGUGAUGGAGAAGUCGUUUUGAAUCCUUUGGACCCCGGAGGAGUGCUGAAGAAACGAAUGAACUCUCUCUCUCAAAGAAACGCGACUGACAGGUUCUCCAGGUCAUCUCAACCUGAUUUCCACCAGCAAGGCUCCACUGUCCCUGCAAACAACAUGCUGACAGGAACUAGUAUUAUUGACAAGUACUCACGCAUCCUUUUCCCUCUGUCCUUUGGAGCCUUCAACCUGGUCUACUGGAUUGUCUAUCUCACCAAAGACACAAUGGAAUCCAGGGAAGUGUGAGUGCUGUUAGAACCUGCAAAGAAGGACGACUGAAGACAAUCACCAUCUUAUAAACUGAAGGAUGUAUGUAUGGAUGUAUGGAUAGAUGAGAGACACUGCUGCUGAAGGUGUAACUGUGAUUGUUUUGAGAGGGACGGUGGUACUCUUCUCCACCUUUGGCCUUCCCUCUCCACCGGCCCUGUAGCAUGUUUUGACCUCUCAUCGCUCUGGCAUGAAACUCUCCGACUGCAGAAUGAUUUCCCUUCUCCCUAAAGACAUUCAAGCUCAAUGGCAUUUGUGGCACUGGUUUGGACACUAUCAGUUAAUUACACACACAAACACACACACAU